GGUUAAUAUGCUAUCUCAUUUAAUCUUCAGAAUCUUCAUAAUAACCAAUGAGAUGGCGGAAUUGAGACUUGAAAAGUUAAGUUACUUGAUCAAGAUCAUACAGCUAGUAGAUGACUGAGUUUGAAUUCAUGCUCCAACCAAGGGAUGGUUCCAAAAAGGUUUGAAGGGAUAAACUAUUGCCAUCCAGUCGAUUCUGAUUCAUGGCAACCCUAUAGGACAGAGUAGAACUGCAUCAUAGGGUUUCCAAAGAGCAGCUGGUGGAUUCCAACUGCUGACCUUCUGGUUAGCAGCCAUGCUCUUAACCACUGCACCAUCAGGGCUCUGAGUUAUACUUGGUAUAGGAAAUUGCUAUAUACCAAAUGGCAGCCAGAAACUACCUCACUUACUCAGACGGCAACCUCCUCCCCACCCAGGCCAAUGACUGACUGACGUGGAGGUCAAAAAGCUCAUUUGCCUUACAAUGAGAUCAAGUCUGUGGUGUAAUUUAUGUUCCAGAGCAUCUCCAUGGGAUCAUACUAAAGCUAGUGUUCAGCUGAGAACACAUCCUCGCUGAACUUUAUUUUCCUCUGCCUUAUUUGUCUUCUUUCACUCUCCUCCUGAGAGUACUUCCCCAAUAAUCACUUGAACAAGAAUCCCCAUCUCUGGCUCUGCCUCCAGGGAACCAUGCCUAAAAUAAUCGUUGAUUCCAUACUUAGAGCAACCAAGGCCACAUGUCCACAUUGGUGUCUUUCCCAAACUCCUCAGACAAAGAGGAUGGCAAAAAAUCCAAAUUGCAACAACUUUUCCCAGUUGACUUGGAGUCACCGCCAUCAUCUUAUUUUAAACUUCCUUUUAAGCUCAUUGUUAUGAGUGUAAGUCUUCGCGUGAAAGCAAUGUGAAGAUGAGUUGACUGCAGCUCAAAGACAUGGUUCUCUCGGUGGUAAAAGCUAAUGAGUGGCAGAGCUGGGAUAGAAUCAGAUUUCCAAUCUCUCAUACGAUGGCCUGUUUCUCCCGCGACGACGAGGCGAUGCUGCAGGCGUUGCUGAGGCAGCUGUUCCAGAGCGUGAAGGAGAAAAUCACGGGCGCUCCCUCCCUGGAGUGCGCCGAGGAGAUCCUCUUACAUCUGGAGGAAACUGAUGAAAAUUUUCACAACUAUGAAUUUGUGAAAUACCUUAGACAAUACGUAUGCAACACUUUGGGGUCUAUGAUUGAAGAAGAAAUGGAAAAAUGCAUAUCUGAUCAGAAUCAGAGUGAAGAUUCUGGCUAUGACACAGUUGUACAGCAUGUUACUAAAAGAACUCAGGAAUCUAAAGAGUACAAAGAAAUGAUGCAUUCCUUGAAGAACAUCAUGAUAGUAGUGGUGGAAUCUAUGAUUAACAAGUUUGAAGACGAUGAGAUACGAAUUCAAGAGAGGCAGAAAAAACUCCAAAAUGAGAAAAGCAAUAGUUACUGCACAGACAAUUGCUCUGAUAGUGAUUCAUCAUUCAACCAGAGUUACAAAUUUUGUCAAGGAAAAUUACAAUUGAUUUUAGAUCAGUUGGAUCCUGGGCAACCUAAAGAGGUGCGAUAUGAAGCCUUGCAAACAUUAUGUUCAGCUCCUCCAUCUGAUGUUCUGAACUGUGAAAAUUGGGCCACUCUCUGUGAAAAACUGACAGUAUCUCUUGCAGAUCCUGAUCUUGUGUUUAGUGACCGGAUUUUAAAAUUUUAUGCACAGACAUUUACACUUUCACCGUUACAUAUGACUAAAGAAAUUUACACAAGCUUAGCUAAACAUCUGGAGUUAUACUUUCUUUCUAGAGAAAAUCGUAUUCCGACUCUUUCAACUGGUGUAGAUAUAACUAAUGCUAAUGUGAUCCGUUUACUUAAAAAGGUUCGUCUUCUAAAUGAAUAUCAGAAAGAGGUUCCAUCUUUCUGGAUUCGUCAUCCAGAGAAGUAUAUGGAGGAAAUUGUGGAGAGUACUCUGUCAUUGUUAUCAGUUAAAUAUGAUCAAAGCCACCUUGUCUCACAAAAGAUUUUGGAUCCAAUUUACUUUCUUGCAUUAGUUGAUGCCAAGGCUGUGUGGUUCAAAAAGUGGAUGAUAACUGCAGCAGUUCAGCAGUGUGUUCAGUACUUUGAAUUGUGUGAGACCAUGAAAGCUGAUGAAAUUUUGAGACAUUCAAAGCUUUGUGGGAAUAAACAGAAAAAUUUCUAUUACUCGGGACAAGAAUUACAAUAUAUUUAUUUCAUUCACUCACUGUGCCUUUUAGGAAGGUUAUUGAUCUACACACAAGGCAGAAAGCUAUUUCCUAUGAAGUUGAAGAAUAGAAAAGAUUUAGUAUCCCUCACAGAUCUGCUGGUUCUGUUUACCCAGCUUAUCUAUUAUUCACCAGGUUGUCCAAAGACAACAUCAGCUGCACAUUCAGAGAAUUACUCCCCUGCAAGUAUGGUCACUGAAGUUCUGUGGAUACUUUGUGAUCAAAAAGAAUGUGCAAUUGAAUGCUUAUAUAACAACACUGUGAUAGAGGCACUUCUUCAGCCUAUUCAUAAUUUAAUGAAAGGAACUGAGGCUGCUUCACAUUGCUCUGAAACAGCUUUAAUUCAUGUAGCUGAUAUUUUGGCAAAAAUUGCAUCUGCAGAAGAAGGUCUUAUUUUACUUCUUUAUGGAGAGAAUGUGAACUCUUCCGAAGAAGAAAAUCCUACAGGUGCUCACGUAAUUGCCCAGUUUUCAAAAAAACUUCUUGAUGAAGAUAGUCCUAUUUUUUCUGGAUCGGAGAUGUUGCCUGUGGUUAAAGGAGCUUUUAUUUCUGUGUGCCGUCAAAUAUAUAGUACUUGUGAAGGUUUGCAGGUGUUAAUUCCUUAUAGUUUGCAUGAAUCUAUAGCAAAGGCAUGGAAGAAGACAAGUUUGCUAUCAGAAAGAGUUCCUACCCCAGUAGAGGGUUCUGAUUUUGUUUCUUCAGUAAGCCAGCAAUCCCAAAACAUUAUGGUUUGGGAAGAUAAUUUAUUAGAUGAUUUACUAAAUUUUGCUGCCACUCCCAAAGGACUACUACUUCUUCAAAGAACAGGUGCCAUCAAUGAAUGUGUGACACUGAUGUUCAACCGAUAUGCAAAAAAAUUACAGAUCUGCAGGCAUAAAAAGUUUGGCUAUGGAGUUGUGGUUACUCAAGUGGCAUCAACAGCAGCAGGUGCAAUAGCUUUACAAAGUUCAGGAUUCAUUAAUGCACUUAUAACUGAUUUAUGGGCCAAUCUGGAAUGUGGACGAGAUGAUGUUAGGGUAGCCCAUCCUAGAUCUACUCCAGUGGAUCCUAUUGACCGAAGCUGUCAAAAGUCUUUUCUAGCACUGGUGAACUUGUUAUCCUAUCCUGCUGUUUAUGAGCUAGUAGGCAAUCAAGAACUUCCUAAUAAAGCAGAAUAUUCUCUUCGUGAAGUCCCAACAUGUGUCACUGAUAUUAUUGAUAGACUUAUAAUUUUGAAUUCUGAAGCUAAGAUUCGUUCUUUAUUUAACUACGAACAAUCACAUACCUUUGGACUAAGGUUAUUAAGUGUGAUAUGCUGUGACCUGGACACUCUUCUCCUAUUAGAGGCUCAAUAUCAAGUAUCUGAAAUGUUGCUAAAUGCUCAAGAAGAAAAUAUGUUAGAAACCUCUGAGAACUACAGAGACUUCAUAAUUGAUGGUUUAUCAGUAGAGAGAAAUCAUGUUCUUGUUAGGAUAAAUCUUAUUGGUGGGCCAUUAGAACGGAUUUUGCCUCCAAGGAUACUAGAGAAGGGUAAUGUUCCAUAUCCUUGGCCAAUGUUUUCAUCAUAUCCUUUGCCAGACUGCUAUCUUUCAGAAGUUACAAGAAAUGCUGAUAUAAAGCAAGAUAAUGAUCUUAGCAAGCUUUUAUUAUGCUUCAAAAUUACUGAUAAACAAACUGAGUGGAUAGAAAACUACCGAAGACAGUUUUGCAAAAUGAUGAAGACCAAACCUGACAUAAUCAGUGGAGCUGCUUUGGUUGAAUUACUUGAAAAAUUUGUGUUUCACCUUUCUGAAACUUCAUCUGAAUGCUACUUUCCCUCAGUGGAAUAUACAGCUACUGAUGCAAAUGUGAAGAAUGAAAGUCUUUCAUCUGUGCAGAAGCUUGGCAUUAAAAUGACAGUCAGGUAUGGCAAAUUCCUCAACCUGUUAAAAGAUGGUGCAGAAAAUCAUCUUUCCUUGGUCUUAAAGCACUGUGAGAGAUUCCUGAAGCAGCAGCAAAUUCCUAUAAAGUCUUCUCUUCUCUGCCUGCAGGAGAGUUACACUGGCCAUGACUGGUUUGUGUCUUCUCUGUUCAUGAUAAUGUUGGGGGACAAAGAGAAAACAUUCCAAUUUCUUCAGCAGUUCUCCCGGCUUCUGACCUCUGCUUUCCUUUGGUUGCCAAGACUGCAUAUUUCUAAAUAUCUACCUAUUGAUAUUAUAGAAUCUGGCAUCCAUCCAGUGUAUUUUUCCAGCACUCACUAUGUUGAAAUGCUCCUGAAGGCUGAGGUGCCACUUGUGUUUUCAGCUUUCCACAUGUCUGGUUUUGCCCCAUCACAGAUUUGCCUGCAAUGGAUAACUCAGUGUUUUUGGAAUUAUUUAGAUUGGAUAGAAGUCUGCCAUUAUAUUGCUACUUGUAUUUUCCUUGGUCCUGAUUAUCAGGUGUAUAUCUGUAUAGCUAUAUUCAAACAUCUGCAGCAAGACAUUCUACAGCACACUCAGACUCAAGAUCUGCAGGUUUUCCUAAAAGAAGAAGCACUGCAUGGGUUUCGAGUGAGUGAUUACUUGGAAUACAUGGAAAUUUUGGAGCAAAACUACAGACCAGUGCUGCUGAGAGACAUGCGGAACAUUAGAGUGCAGAGCACAUAGAUCAUGGGGGCACAGUUUAAUUUUGUUUAAUUUUUUUUUUAAAAAAAACAAGGGAAUUUGAUUGUUUUCUGUGUCCAUAAAAAAUAUGUUUUGUGAAUGCACAUAUUAUAAACUCAAUCCUGAGAGUUUUUAAUAUAAUAUUUUCAAGUAGGCAUUAGCUCAAUUUCUAACAUAAAGUGAAUUCAUUUUUUUAAGUGUAUUGUUUCAUAAGGUGGUUUUAGAAUCCAACCUUGCUUACAUAUAGUUCUUAUUUAUGGUUAAAAGUUAUUCCCAACCUACGUCUCCUUUUUCA